UAUAUGACGUGAAGGGGUUUUCAGAGAAACAAUUAAUCAGUUUCGUGUGUUUCAAAGAAGAAGAAGAACAGAUCGAGACGGAGAUCUCGAAAGAGAUUUAUCAUCUCAAAAUCGUUCGAGUUGAGUAGGUUUAUUUCAGGUAAAAUUAUCAAAAAUGGGUUACUGGAAUUCCAAGGUUGUUCCAAGGUUCAAGAAGAUAUUCGAGAAGAGUAGUGUUAAGAAAGCUGCCGCUGCUGAAGCUUGCAAGACCUUUGAUGAGUCUAAGGAAGCAAUCAACAAGGAAAUUGAGGAGAAAAAGACAGAACUCCAACCGAAGGUCGUGGAAACCUAUGAGGCCACGUCUGCCGAAGUCAAGGCUUUGGUGAGAGACCCUAAGGAGGCUGGUUUGAAGAAAAACUCAGCAGCCGUGCAGAAGUAUCUCGAGGCGCUUGCCGCUAUCGAAUUUCCCGGAUCAACGGCUGUGAAAGACGCUGCGUCUAGCUUCGGAGCUGGCUAUGUCUCCGGACCAGUCACGUUCAUAUUCGAGAAGGUAUGUGUGUUCCUUCCCGAGGAGGUUAAGACACGGGAAGUACCGGUGAAGGAAGUGAAAGCCGAAGAACCGGCCAAAACCGAGGAGCCAGCCAAAACCGAAGAACCAAGUGGUGAGAAAGAGGAGAUUGUUGAAAAGACCGUUACAACCGCUGUCGUUGAGGAGCAAAAACCAGAGGUCGCCAAGGAGGAGGAGAAAAAACCUAUCGAAGAAGUGAAAAAAGAAGAAGCUGCACCAUCCCCGGCUCCAGAGGUGGUUGAAAGUCCGGCUAAGGCACCAGAGACGACGACGCCGGCGCCAGUGGCUGAGCCAUCAAAGCCUUGAUUUGAUUCAAGACGGUAUGGUUGCUUCUCUUUGUAUGAAAACAUCUGUACGUAAAAAAUGAAAGGAACAAAAAACCUUUUUUCAUUCUUUUUAUUUUAUUUUGUUUGUCUGUGUUCUUUUUUUUUGGUAAGUCUUUAAUGUGGUUUUAUUUACGUUUAUGUGAAUACAAAAUGUUUGUUAAUGUUUUUUUCCUAUA